AUGCAGUCUGGAAUAACCGUUACCGCGGAGCUUCAGAAUGCCUUCGCCAGCUUCCUCUCCGACCCCUCCAUCUUUUGCCUACCCAUAGCAAUCACCAACGAGCAGCUGGUUGCUCUAGAAACUAUCCCCUUCUCGUCCGCGACGGGUAGUAGCAAUGACGGUAACAGCCAGUUCUACGCCUCUCUCCCUUCGCUCUCAGGCCUCCUCCAGCCAAAGACACCAAUCUACCUACUUCUCCGGCGCUCAUCCGAAAACGCCGCCGUGGGGUUAAUUGCACUCACAUAUGUUCCGUCAAACAGCCCUGUGCGCUCCAAGACUCUCUUCGCAAGUACUCGGACUACACUUGUGCGAGAACUAGGGUCAGAGAAGUUCUCGGAUAACAUUUUCGCUACAGAUGUCGAGGAGGUGCUUGAUGAAGAGGAAUGGAGAGAGAGAGAGCUGGAUAUGAAUGCGAAGAGCGGCGCAGGUGGAACAAUCGGAGAUAGUAGGUUGGAUGAGCUUAUGGGAGAACAGGAAAGAGAGUUGAAUGCUGUUAGAAGAGGUGAGAAUGACGCGAGGGACACGUGGAAGAGGAGGAUGGAUAUUGGCAUUGGUGGAACUGUUGGCAAUAAUGGACAGGGUCAGUCAUCUGGAUCAGGAGCUUCAGACAGCAGCGUUCUUUUUAAGACCGGGGAAGGGGUCGAAGACGCUUUACAAAGCCUAGGACAAAAUGGGGCUGCUGUUCUUUUGAUUGGCUCUAAAAAAUUAUGGCAGACCAUCGACGUGCAGACGGAGACACUGAAUCUGGUCGGUACAGAGUCGAAUGUUGCCCCGGAUUCUCUAUCAGGCUUCAUCCCAGGAUCCAACCCACAGUACACGUUCUACCGUCACCCAGACUCCUCUGAAUUAAUCUUCAUUUAUACCUGUCCAUCCGGCUCCUCCAUCAAACAGCGUAUGCUCCAUGCUAGUAGCCGCGCAGGAAUGUUGAUGUGGGCCGCUAGAAAUGGCGUAUCUGUAAAUCACAAGAUCGAGGCAUCCGAGGCCGAUGAAAUCACCGCCGAUAGACUGAAAGACGAGAUAAGUCCGCCUGUCGAGGAGGUCAAGAAAGCGUUCGCGAGACCGAAGAGACCGGGUAAGAGGUAG